AUAGUACAGCAAGAUGGCAGCGUUCAUGCAAAAUUUCCCAGCCUUUCCGCAAGAUCCCAAUCUUCCGUUGUCCGCUGCAGCAUCAGCUGCUGAUAGAGCGCAACGAUCCGUAUUUGGUAAAUUACCAAAGAUUUGGGCCACUUGUUUUAAUUUGAGUGUACAUUUUAAAAAGUGUUUACUAAUUAGAAUUAGGCACUUCGUUAAGGCAAGAAGGGAGACUAACUCUAAUAAAUUUGUUUGAUAUUGACUAUAGAAUGGGAAUUGGUGCAGAAGAAUCCUGAUUUUAACAUUUUUGGACCUUGAUGCUUUUUCAGUGAUGAAAGCAAUGAAAGGACCAUUUUGUCAAAAAUUGUGAUUGUGGUAUUCAUUCACACUUUUACAGUAGUGGACAUCUUGACCUACCUUUCCGUAAUUUGUUGUCUUUUCAAUCGAUCCCAAUAUUUGAAAUUCAUAGUAGAUACUUUGGUCAAAAAUGUUAACAUUUUUUAAAAAUAAACCAAUGGUACAGUUGAAUAGAGCUAAUUUUAAACAGAAUUACAACACCAAAAUCAUAUUUUUAGCUGUUGUAGUUUUAAAGUUAUGAAUUUUUAAAGUACGACUUGGUUUGUCAUUUUUUAACAUGGACUUCAUCUCCACAUUCUGUGACCUCAUUCCACUGAUCGCGUCAUGCGCAAUGACUAUAUAGUUUAUAUAAGGCAACGCAUUCCCUAUCACUAAAAUACUGUUUAGGGUCGACUUAUUUUAAACUUUCAACUUUGGCACAUGAAUAAUUAAUAAAAGCUUUCCCUGACCAAUGGUUUAAUAGCUUUUGCACACGGCAAACUCUUAUGAAUGAAACUCUGAGAUAGUACUACGACGUAGCCGUUAUGCAAGUGGCUGUGAAUGGUUGCCAAUGACAACGUGUUGCACAGGGAAAAUUCUGAUCAUUUAUAAUAUGGACUCUGCAGGGUUUUUAAAGCUCAAAUUAAAACAUUUCCAGUUUAAAUGUCUUCAAAAUGCAUUCUGAAACACAAAAUAUAAAAUAUUUUGAUGUAUAUAGUGGUAAUAAUUAAAUAUUUCCUAAGUAUCGGCAACUUCCGCCAUUAAAAAGGGGGCGUGGCCCACGCCAUGUCGAAAUUAGGCUGAGCCACUUUAUGGUGAUAUGGGUCACUGUGACAAGUGUAACAAACGUGAGACACGACCUACAUCAAUGAAACUUGGCACAGAUAUAGAUCAAUAUCUAAUGCUCAUACAGAUUUAAUCAAAAAGGACCUUAUCUUAUUAUUUCACAAAAAAUUUUGUAUGCGAAGAUGCCUUAUAUAUACCAAAGAUUUUCAAAAUAAAGGUCGAUUGAAAAAAGCAAAAUAGCUGGCUAGAAAUGUAGGCCAAGAUGUCUUCCAAAUUAUAAGGCCGGAAACGGAACUCAAAUAUAUGUGGAAAGAACUAAUUUAAUAAUAAAUAGACACACACAUCGGAAAAUUAAAAACUCGGAUUUUUCGGCGCCGACAGCCAUUUCCGAUACAAAAAAAAAUAGUAGUCUCCCUUGUUUCAUCGAAGUAUCUAUUCAUAGGUAUAUUUUAGAUACUUCAGUAAAAAAUUCAAAAUAAUUUUUUUAAUAUUACUGUUAUUUAGAGCAAAUUUCAAUUUAAAAAAUAAAACCAGAAUGAACCUUUUUUUUUUUAGCUUAUUAGUACUUUUUGAGCUACGAAUUUUAAAAUGCGACUUCGUUUGGUAUUUUCUUCUAUGGACGAAACCUCCACAUCUUGUGACCUCAUUCUGCUGAUUGCGUCAUGCGCAAUGACUAUAUAAUAGUUUAUAUAAGGCAACGCAUCCCAUUAAAUGCCAUUAUUACUAAAAAUUUUACAAAUACUGUUUAGGGACUAUUUAUUUUGAACUUUCAACUCUGGCACAUGGCUAAUUAAUUAAAACUUUCGCUGACCAAUGGUUUAAUAGUUUUGCAAACUUUUACGAAUGAAACUCUCAGAUAGUAUGGUAUAGCCAUUAUGCAAGUGACUGUGAAUGGCUGCCCAUGGCCAUGACAUUUUGCACACAGAAAAUUAUGAUCAUUUAUAAUAUGAAGAGUCGAUUUUCAAAACGGGGUAUGCCAUUUUCGAAAAAAAUGAGAUAACUGUAUAUUCUUGUAGAGCAAGCCAGGUUGCUUUAGGAGAUGUUAAAGUUUAUCAACAUAACACAUUUUAAUCCUAUUUUAUUCUAUAUCUAAAAAUGAUUUUAUUUUCAAAACGCGGUGUGAAUUUUUUUUUAAAUUAUCAAACUGCUGUAUAUAUUUUCGGACCAAUCCGUGUGAUUGGGAAGCUAUUCUGUGCAUGCGCACUAAACAUCACGACGCGAAACAACAACAAACAUGGUGCAUAACAACGGCCUGGAUGAAAGAGUUGUUUGUACUAUAAAAUCUUGAAAAAGAAAGAAAAAAAGCUCAACAAGCGAAAAAGAAAAAUCAUUUCUUCAUUCAAGCGGAGGAAAGAUCCCCUCCGUUACGUGUAAUCACGAUUAAUGGUUCUGCAAGGUGAGUUACCGGUAACUUUAUUUAAAAAUAUACUAAAUUUAAUUUUACUUUUACAUUAUUAUUAUUAUUGUUAUGGUUACUACACAUCAGAAGUGUUAUGGAAAUGAAAAUAAAAUUUGCUUUACAGAGUUAGCUGUGUUAUUUAAAACACAUUCAAUCUUUUACAUGCAGAUCCAGCCAUUACAGAAGAAAGGGUGCUCAAGGACAGAAAUAUUUGCCCUCUGAUUUGAAUGUAAAUAAGAAGCAUCAAAUUUUCCUGGAACAAAACCAAACUGCUAUUGAAGAUGAUGCACACUCUGAAUCAGACAUUUAAUUAUUGUCUAUUUUGUCUUACUUCUAAAUUCAAAUAAAAUGAUUUUUGAAUUGAACAUUAUCUUGUUUACCGGUACUUUUGCUUAGAAUUCAGAUUUAUAAAAACAAAUCAUGCAAAUUUAUAGCACUCUAAACAUUACACUAUUAAUUACAAGCGACUUCCCAGCAUUUAUAGUACUGUUCUGUUAAAAUAUAUCAAUAAAAAACAUUAAUCAUACAAAAUUAUAUAAUGUAUAUGAUACAAUUUAAUUUUUUUUUGUUAUGUAAGUGGUUUGUAAGCUAUAAAAACUUGAAUUAUUUGCUACUGGGAAUAAUGUUAUGCUAUCAAAAUGGAUAUACACAACAUUUUGUCGCUAAGUUACAGCUGGAUGCACAGCUUUUUGAAACAAAAUAAGAAAUUCAACCAAGUAAAUAAAUACAUUUUAAUUAACCUACAUUUCAAUUUUCAUCAUAGUCUAACUUAUAUUUUGAAUAUAUACCCAAAUUAACAUUUACUUUUCCGAAAAUUUGAUCCAUCAUUGUGUAGCAGAAAAAGUCGAUUAUCUCAAAACGCCAAAAAUGGAGAUACAGAAUUUUGAAAAUCGACUCUUCAUAUGAACUCUACUGGGUUUUUUAACCUCAAAUUAAAAUAUUAUUCUUUUAAUAAAAUUAUGUUCACUCUAAAACAUAAGUUAUCAAAUAAUAUUAUGUAAAUAGUGGUAACAAUUAAAUAUUUCUAAAGAAUUGACAUCUUCCGCCACUAAAAAGGGGGCAUGGCCCAAGCCAUGUCGAAAUUAAGCUGAUCGAUCAUCUGGGACAAGCAUUGCGAUUGUCAGACAUGACCUAAAUCAAUGAAAACGGGCACACGUAUACAUCAAUAUAUAAUGGUUUUCCCGAUUUCAUAUGAAAGACCUAGUCUUUAAAUUUCUUUAAAAAUUGUUAAGGGAAAGAUGCCUUAUAUAUACCUAUGAAUUUCUAAAACUAAGGUCGAUCAAAAAAGGCAAAAUAGUAUGUUGGAAUGUAGGUUAAGAUGUCCCCUAAUGUGAACAUGUGGAAGGAUACCACAAUUUUAUGACAAAAUAGUCCUUUUAUUAAUGGAAAAUCCCCAACGUCCAAUAAUUAUAGACUUGGAUUGUUCUGCGCCGACGCCCAUUUCCCAUACAAAUUUUGAAGUAGUCUCCCUUGCUUUACAGAAGUACCUAUUAUAGUUAUAUAAGUAUAAGGCAUCUUUCCCAACAAAACUUCGUAAGAAAUUCAAAUAUUCUUUAAUAUUCUUUAAAUCUUCCUAUAUUGAUGUAUACUUGCCAAUUCUCUUUGAACCGGGCCAUGUCAGCUAUUAGUUAUGCUCAUCUAAAUCUAAGUAACCUUCAUUACCAUAACUUAUAGGUCACCCUGCCUCAUUUUGACCACACCCCCAUUUUAAUGGCGGAAGAUGCCAAGACUUUUAAAAUAUUCAAUUAUUACCACUAUUCAUCAAAAUAUUUGAUAACUUGUAUUUUAGAGUGAAAUUAGAAGACAUUUAAACAAGAAUUUUUUUAAUUGAGGUUUAAAAACUCUGUGUAAUCCAUAUUAUAAAUUAUAAAUUGCUGUGUUCAAAACGUAAUAGGCAACCUUGGACAGUCACUAUCAUGUACUACAGUAAUAUACUACUAUAGUUUUAUUCUAUUUUAACCCAAACAUUUCUUAACUUUACUAAUGUAAAAGAUAUAAAAAUUGACGGUAGCUCUUUAAAAUGGUGUAUCUUUUAUGGCAUUCAGACACUAUUUAAAUUUCAGUGAAAGUUUCAAGUCAAACUACCUUGUCCUAACUGACCUUAGCUAGGGGCCAUGCAUAACUGAUGUCACACUAUUUUGGAUUUUUUUUUUUUAUUAACACCCGCCACCCUCCAAUUUGUCACAAAUUUGUAACACAAAAAGGACACAUUUAUCACACAUUUUAAAGUUCUGUUUAAAAUAUAAAAUGCUACAGUUGAAUAGUUUAAAAAAGCACCAAGAUGAACUUUCUAGCUCAAGCAGUUCAAAAGUUAGGAAUUAUUUUAAAUUGUGUUUCCUUUUUAUAGGCGGUGUGAGACCUAGUUGAACAAUUGGUAGGUGGGUGCGAAGCUAGUUAAAUAAUUUGUAUGGGGUGGAGAAAAGGUUGGGGAAAACUGCACCAAUUAAUAAUUUAUUAGUUUGAUUAAUAUUUGUAUUCAAGGCUCCCAUGUAGAAACUUCAAUUUUCUAUAUCUGGGAUGAAAAAGGAUAUUGUGAGCUAGAAAUAGCUCUACUUAUCCAGAAAUUUGGAUAAAAGUUUGAUAUAAAAAAACUUCAUGUUGUAAAAGCUUAUCAUUCUUGAGACUUAGUUUCUGAAACACUUAAUAAAUUUCGAUUUAUUGAAAAGAUUUUGUAAUAUAUGCAAGCUAAGCAUACCUAUUUAAUGCAAACAAUUUUCAUCCUUUAGUUGGAAAUAUUCCAUACGAUGCUACAGAAGAACAAUUGAGAGAAGUUUUCAUUCAAGCAGGACCAGUUGUUAGCUUUAGGUAAUUAUUUUUGUUUUACUUGUAGUUUUAAGUAUAUUUUUUGCAUAUGAACGGAAAGGAAGACCCUAACCUGAAUCUAUUUUUUGCAGGCUUGUAUAUGAUAGAGAAACAGGAAAACCUAAAGGUUAUGGGUUUUGUGAAUAUCAAGAUGUGGAAACAGCACAGAGUGCCAUGCGAAACCUCAACAACUAUGAUUUCAAUGGCAGACCUCUGCGUGUUGGUGUUGCUGCCGGAGAGCAGAGUAAAGAUGAGGGGAAAGCAAUGCAACAGGCUUUGGGUGGACAAAUAGUUGAGGUAAAUAUACAAAAUGACUAGCACAUUUUUUCAAAAUAAUGUGAGUGAUGUUUAACAUGUUAUUGGGAAAAAUUAACAUUCAUAUUGGCAUUAAGAUCUCUAAUAUCAGUCUGAUUAAAAAAUCUAAUGAAAACCAAAUGUUAAAUCAAAACAUGAGUAAGGUAAUUGAAAAAUAAAAUCUUUCAGAUGGUAAUUAAAGUUUUAAAUAUUUCAUUUGGGGGCAUUUAGUUUUUAAAUGACGCUUUUAAUCUAAUGUAACAGCAAUGUAUUUGUGUUGUUUAAAUUACUGAUUGUGGAUUUUUUUGUUAUCCAGUCUCCUUAUGGUGAACCGGUGGAACCAGAAAAGGCACCAGAGGCCAUCUCUAAAGCUGUCGCUAGCCUUCCACCUGAGCAAAUGUUUGAACUUAUGAAACAAAUGAAGGUAAUUUUACUUAAAGUGAAUUGUUUUAUUUGAUUGCUCUUGUUAUGCACAACAAUUGCCAUACGAUUAAAAAAUAUAUAUGCAAAGACUGAGGAAGACCUACAAAGUUUUCAUCCAGGCUGAAGGGCAUGUGCUCACAUCGCAGCAGAAGAAUGACGAUGAUUUUUAGCUCAAUUUUUUUUAUAAUAUUUGUAUGGCUGACUAUACAGUGUCCUUUUUUCUUUUCUUUUUUUGAAUCCCAAUUAGUUUUUAGCAGCUUUACAAAAUAUUUUUAAUUGAUUAUGUUAUAAUUGCUUAUUUUCAAAGUGUAUACUACCCUUCGCUCUCAUUUAACACCUUUAUAAAUUCUUAACAGCUUUGCAUUCAAAACAACCCUAAUGAGGCAAGAAAUAUGUUGCUUCAGAACCCACAGCUUGCUUAUGCCCUUUUGCAAGCACAGAUAGUGAUGAAAAUUGUAGACCCACAAGUAGCGAUGGUAUGACGAUUAAUAUCAUAAUCUAUUAAAUUUUAAAAAAUAUUUUUUAUAAAUAUUAUGGUAAAGACAGUAAACUGCAUCAAGCAAAUUUUCCAUCUUGCCUUUAAAAGCCAAAAUAAGAAAUGGCUGAAUUGAAAACUAUUGCCUUAAACUUUUGGCAAAUCUAAGAAUAUUAUUGAAAGGGUGCUUUGAUAAAUUUCCACAUAUAGUAUUGAAAUGUAUUGCGAUGUAAUGUAUUUUUAGUCCUUGCUGACCUUAAAAACCUUUAUUAUGUUUUAGUCUAUGUUGUAUCGUGAUGAAACUCAGCCCCAAAUAAAUGUUAGUAUGCCAAGCAAUCAAACAAAGGUAAGAAAGCCAACUAACUGUUCAAUUUCUCCUACAAUGUUUGAAUUUAUUUUAAAGAUAGUAAUUCACAAUUGGGGUAUGCUAAUAAUGCUAUACUGUAAUCAUAAUAGUUUUAUUUAUAUUUUGUUUAAAAACAAUGUUGCUUCCGAUUUCCAAAUAUAAUUAUAUCUUCCAGCCAAUGGGAGUUCCUGUGAAUAAUAUGAUGGGAUCUAGAGGACCACAAGGUAUAGUAACUAAUUAGUUGGAUCAUUUUAUGCAUGUCUCUUGACAUUUUGGCUGAAAAUAACUUUUAGGAAGAGUGCUUAUGAAGACUUAAAUUUCAGAAAUAUUUUUCCAAAAACAAAUCUAGAAAUUAGAAAAGAAGAGCUAAUUAGAAAAGAAGAGGUUAUUCCUGGACAAUGGGAAAUAACUAUGACUCUCAGUUUUUUAAGCCACUAAAUAUUAAUUAAUUCUAACAAAUUAAGGACAGAUGCAUCCAGAAAUUGGAUUAGGUUUAAGAAACAUAUAACAUUAACAGCCAAAAAAUAAUAAACAACAACUAAAAAAAAUAGAUUUUUUUGCACCUUGGACCAUAACAUUCUAGAUAUAGGAUGAACCGUACUAAUAAUAAGCCUAUAGAUUACAUACAAAACAAGGUAAAAACUUCUGAUUUUUUUAAUUGAAAUUGCUCAGAAUCAUACAAUCAUUAGAAGUGUAAGAGCCAUUUGAUUUAAUUGCUACUUAUAUUAUAAAUCAGUCCUUAACUACUGGUAUUGUUCCAUCAUCUUUUAAAGAGGCAAUCGUUACUCCACUAUUAAAGAAAUCAAAUCUUGAUCCAAAUGUGUUGGAAAAUUAUCGCCCCAUCUCAAAUCUACCAUUUAUUUCUAAAAUCUUAGAAAAAGUCGUUCUCCGCCAACUCCAGGAUCACCUCACUCAGUUUAACUUGUUUGAACCAUUCCAGUCAGCAUACAGGGUGCAUCACUCUACUGAGACAGCCCUGUUGCGCGUCGUAAACGACCUUCUGUCGUCUUGUGAUGAGGGCAAGGUAUCGAUUUUGUCUUUACUCGAUUUAUCGGCAGCUUUCGAUACGCUCGACCACGGCAUAUUGCUCCAGCGUCUGCAACAAACAUUCGGUCUCACUGAUACCGUCCUGUGUUGGUUCCGAUCGUAUCUGACUAAUCGGGUGCAGUCAGUUAUUUCAAACGGCUUGACUUCGAAGAAAUCUAAUAUCGAAUUCGGAGUACCCCAGGGCUCGGUCCUAGGCCCAGUGCUUUUCACGAUGUACAUUCAGCCACUGGGCGCAGAGAUCAGGCAGUUUGACAUGUUGUAUCACAUGUACGCGGACGAUACACAACUUCAUCAAUCCGUGAUCCCUUCUCAGUUCCCUCAGCUGCUCAGUAUGACACAGAAGACAAUGGAGUCGGUUAAGCACUGGAUGACGAUAAACAAGCUCAAAUUAAAUGAUGAUAAGACUGAGCUGCUCCCCAUCGCGACCGCUCAGAAGCAAAAAUCUGCAAAUAACACUACAUCCAUUACUCUCUCAGGUGUGCGUAUUGAGUUAGCUCAAACAGUGCGGUACCUGGGUGUCUACCUAGAUGGAAGACUAACUUUUGAAAGUCAUAUUAACAUGCUAUGCAAGGCGAUUUUUCUAGAGCUGCGCAGGAUUAGUCACAUCAGGCCCUUCCUAACAAUUGAUGCAACAAAGAGGCUGAUGUCUGCAUUUGUGCUAUCACGCAUGGACUAUUGCAAUGCUCUUAUGGUGGGUCUUCCAGCUACGCUCCUGGAUAAAAUUCAAAUAGCACAGAAUAAUGCGGCUCGCAUUGUUCUCCGCAAACGCAAGUUUGACCAUGCAAAAACACUUCUGAGAGAGCUGCACUGGCUGCCAGUGCGUGCUCGCAUGGAGUACAAAAUCGCAACUUUGUGCUACCGCUGCUUACAUGACCUGGCGCCGUCCUAUCUGAAAGAGCUGCUGACGCCUUAUGUACCCACUAGAGAGCUCCGCUCAUCCGAUAGUGGCAAACUCUCGACACCACGUGUUUGCCUUGAGACUUACGGAAAGCGCACUUUCGCAUUUGCUGGUCCAAUAAUUUGGAAUGCCCUUCCUGUCGAUCUCAGAAACAACCAGACACUGGAGUCCUUUAAAACCGAUUUAAAGACACAUCUAUUUCGCAAACACCUUCUGGGAUGAUUGUCAACAUUAUUUUCCAGUUAAUGCAUAAUGGCUGUGUUGCUUAUGGUUGAAAUGGCUAGAAAGACUUUGCCAUUGUAUGCUUGUACUUAGUUUUUGUCGUGUUGCGUUUGUUUUAAAUGUGGUAAACUAUAGAUUUGUUUUUUUUUGGACUUUGUACCGCGCUUCGAGCCUUUGGGGAUGAAGCGUGUUUUUGAAAUGAACUUUAUUAUUAUAAUUAUUAUUAUUAUUACUUUCAAGUAAAAAUCACAGAGGAGUGUCAUGGAGCAUUAGGCCACAUUUGUCUGGACAAAAACACACACACACACCUCCCCCCUCCCCCCUCCCCCCAUGCAUUUUUCUGUAGAGAAUGAGUAAAAGCUUUAAAAUUAUCUUGAUUGUCACAUCAUUUUUUAUGCAUCUUUCAGCUAUGCCUGGUCCCAUGGGAGCAAUGAGUCAAGCUCAUACAGGAAUGAAUGCUGGUCCACUUGCUCCUCCUAUUAGGCCAGACAUGAUGAUGAUGCGGCCAAAUAUGCCACAAGGUUUGUUUUUGUUCUAAAUAGCAAUCCAUGUUUUCAUAUAACCUACCUAGCAUUGAAUCAUGUAAACUAAUGUAUUUUUAUGAUGGAGCAACUUGCCCAUUUAAGAAAAAAAUAAUAUUGAUGUGUUAAGUUGGCCCAGUAUUUCAAAGAAAUCGUAAUAAACCGUAAAAUGAGAAUGAGUUUGUGAUUUUGAGAUUUAUUGAAGAACUGGAACUAAAUUAAAUGAGAAUAUUUCUUGAUGAUGAUAUGUCAGGUUUGUCAAAAUCUUUUAGGAGACAUGGGAGAAGCACGUCGAUUUCCUCAGCCUAAUAACAUGCAAGGUGUAGCUAUAGGAGGCAGGAUGCAAGGCCCUGCUCCAGGAAUGUCAAAUCAGAGACCUGUUGCAGCCCAGGUAAAUUAAAUUAAUUAACCACUAAAAACGCCCAAUGCUUCAUUAAUGUUUCUUAUAUGAUAUCCCAACAUAAGGGGCAAAAGUCUUUUAAAACUGUUAUACACAUUAUUUAACAAUUUAAGCUCCUCUGUCCUGACCUAGACUUUGUGCCUAAGAAAAGAGGCAUAACUCUGUUUGUUUGCAUCUAUUUUAACCCUAUAAUGGCAUAUCAUCUGCCUCUGCCGUUAUACCACUUUCUAUAAUGUUACAGCUGAUAUAAUAAUCUGCUGCUAGUUAAAUCCUCAUUAAAAAUGCAAAUGAUUGAAUGUAUAUUGGUUAAGAGGAAAUCACUCUUUAUCAAUGAGUUUGUAUUUGUAUUAACGUGCUGUUAUCAGGGUGUUUUUUUUUUUAUUCAUCGGGUGUAAAAUUUGCUAAAUUUUUUUGACAAGGCCAUAAUGUCAUAUUGCAAGUGAUAUAGAAGAAACUGAUCUGGCCAAACUCAUCAAAGAGUAAACUGUUUCUGCUUAAUCCACAGCCUUCCAAUGUCAUGCCCAGUGGACCAUCCACUGCCAGUAAUGUUGGUCCAUCCACGAAUGGGACAUCAAGUAUAACAACACAAGACCAAGAGAAAGUGAGUUGUUUCCAAGACUUCACUUUUCAUGAAGUGUUUAAUAGUGUUAUUACACACCAGAACUGCUUUAUUUAACAUCAUAGGACCAGUACUGAUGGAAAUUAUAAACUGAAAAAUUAAACUCAAACAUACUUUAUAACAAAUUACCAGUGCUGAUUUAAUGAUGAUCCUCCUCCUCCUCAUGUCCCUUAGUCCUUGGACCAUUGGGGCGCCACAGAUGACAUGUGAACCAUCCUCCUCCAUUCCUCUCUGUCUUCAGCACUACGCACUGCAGCGCCCAGUGUUAGUCCUGUCCACUCUUUGAUGUUAUCCUCCCAUCUUUUUCUUUGUCUUCCUCUUCUUCUCCCUCCUCUUGUGGUGCCCUACAAUAUUUCUUUGGCAAGCCCUUGUUUCCUUGUUACGUGGCCGUACCAUUGUAGUUUGCGUUUUUUCAGUCACCAGUAGGUCAUCAUACUCCCCAAUUGCCUGACGAACCCUUUCUUUCUGAAGCAUCUCAUCUCCAUCGCCUUUAUUUUCCUUUAAAAAUCGGCUGUUAAUGUCCAGAAUUUGCAGGCAUACAGGAAAAUGGAGAGGACUAAGAGCCCAUCAGCCUGAUUUUGGUGCUGGGGGCUAUAUUUUUGUCAUUCCAUAUUUUCUUGAGCUUCUUUAGUGCUGUUGUAGUCUGUGCAAUCCUGGACAUCAGUUCGGGCUUGGAGCCUUCUUCUGAGACUAUUGCUCCUAGGUAUUUGAAGCGGCCAACAGUCUCUAAUCUUUCCUCCCCGACUUUAAUUUCAGUGGUAAUGCCUGCGGUAUUUUUUGUCAUCAGUUUUGUCUUUUCGGCAUUGAUUGGCAUGCCGUAGGACGACGAGGUCUUAUCGAGAAGCUUUACCAGGUCGGCUAGCUCUUCUUCGUUCCCAGCCAGUCCAUCUAUGUCGUCUGCAAAGCGUAGUUGGGUGAUUGUUCUGCCACCUAUGCUGACUGUCCCUUCAUGCGCUUCCAGAGCAUCUGACAUAAUUCUCUCUAGAAAGAUGUUGAAUAGGGUGGGGGAGAGCAGGCAGCCUUGUCGUACUCCAACCAUGGUCUUGAACAAUUCUCGGAUGUUUUUGUUGAGGAAUACUGCACUGGUGGCCUUAUCAUAGAGGUUGCAUUUCAUGCUGGUUAGGUUUGUGUUGAUGUUGUAGUGCCUCAUAGUGGCCCAUAAAGCAGCAUGUCAAACCCUGUCAAAUGCUUUCUUGAAGUCAACAAAGACGUGGUAUAGGUUUUGUUGGUGUUAAGCAUAUUUCUCACAUAGUAUUCGGAGGUUAAGAAUCUGCUCAGUUGUGCCUCGUCCUUGUCUGAAGGCCGCCUGUUCUUCAGCAAUGAUUCUGUCGGCAUAUGGUUUUAUUCGGUUCAAUAUGACCUUCAGCAUGACCUUGCUUGGAUGGCUUAUUAGGCUAAUUGUGCGAUAGUUUUGGCACAGCUGUAGGUUACCUUUUUUGGGGAUGAUACUUUUUUCUUUGAUGAUACAUUUAAAAAUAAAACCUUUUCCCUAUACCUGGAGUGAAAAUUCCAUCUCAUUUUUUGUGUGUCUGACUUGUCAAUUUUUGUGUGGGUAUAACUAUUAGAUGUAUCUGAAUACUUAACUGUAACUCUUUGUGCUCUAUUCUCCAGGCUGCCCUUAUAAUGCAAGUCCUGCAGCUUACAGAUGAACAGAUUGCACUUCUUCCACCUGAGCAGAGGCAGAGCAUUCUUAUUCUCAAAGAGCAAAUAAAAAGUGGAUAAUAGUUUUUUUUAAAUGAUGGGGGAAAAUUCAUGAUUUAACCAUACCAUAUUGUAAUUUUUAAGAUUGUUGAUUUUUUAAAGUAAGAAGUAUAUAAUUUUUAUUUUUUUAAUUUUUUUUUUUAGAGUAAAGGAAAUAGCCAUUUAAUCUCAACUGAUAAUCAUAAUCAAAGCUUAAUAACCAUAUAUUUGGAUGUUGCAUUUUUUGUUUUUGAUGUCCUUGGUUUCUAUUAUUUCUAUGGAAAAAAAUAAAUAGCUUCCAAAAACAAACUUGAAUUGAAAUGAAAUGCUUUGGAUUAUCAUAUCUAAUGCUUCAGAACUCUUACUAACGACACACGUUUCACCCAGAAAAAAAAUGCACCUUGCUUAGAAUGAGAAGAUUUGCUGGUUAAUCUGUAUUGUUACCUAAGUUUCAGUGUGUGCUGCCAGUUAUUGUGUAUCUUAAUGAAAGAUUGAUGUCACCAUUAUUGGGUAAUUAAAUGAGUUUUCAUUUCAGCAAUUAAAUGGUUGAAGAAAGAAAUUGCUAUUCAUUUGCCUGCAUAAAUAUUAAUACUUAUUUCCAUUACAAUUUUCACGACAUGACUGAAAUGGUUUUUGAAUAAACCAACUUUCAUUGUAUUCCCCAUUGUUUUUUUUAUUACUUAUACUUGGAUGGCCCUUUUCAUAAACAUAAAUAUUCUAUUAGUUAUUAGUUUGUUUUUUUAAAAACUUGCUGAAGGCAAGUAUUCUUCAUUAUUUGGUAUUUUCAAUUAAAAAUCAUAAAAUAUAUUUUUGAAUGUUUCAUCAGUUGGUAUUGUUUAAUUUAAGAAUGUAAUGUCUUUAUUCCAAAAGUUUUGAAUUCAUAAAAUAAAAAUGAAAUACAUUUUUAAAAUGAA